GAAAACAGUCUGAUACAACAUGGCAUUCAAAUUUGUAGUAUUCGCUGCUUUCGUGGCUGCAGCCCAAGCCGGAGUUAUUGGCCAUGCUUCCAGCCCAUUGGCCUACUCAACCCCCGUAGCCAAAUACUCCGACGCUACCGCCGUCUCGUACUCCUCUCUCUCUUCUCCAUCAGCAUCACCAGCCCUUUCUUACGCCGCCCCAGUUGCUAAAGUUGCCUACGCCGCUCCAGUCGCCAAAGUUGCUGCCCCAGCUCUCUCCUAUGCCGCUCCAGUUGCCAAAGUUGCCUACUCAGCCCCAGUAGCUAAGCUCGCUUAUUCCGCACCAAUUGCCAAAGCCGUAUACGCCGAACCAGAAGCUCCAGCCCAAUACGACUUUGGCUACUCCGUCAACGACCCCCAAACCGGAGACGUCAAGGAACAGCACGAAUCCCGCAACGGUGAUGCUGUCCACGGCAGUUACUCCCUUAUUGAAGCCGACGGAACAAAACGCAUCGUGGAAUACACUGUAGAUGCCCACAGUGGAUUUAAUGCCGUUGUUCACAGAGAACCAGCCGCCGUUGCCGUCAAAGCCGUAGCCCCAGUCGUGGCCAAAGUGGCUGCCCCAGUCGUGGCUAAAGUAGCCACCCCAGUCGCUUAUUCCGCUCCAGUAGCUCACUCCUAUGCUGCUCCAGCCGUGGCCGCCUACUCCGCUCCAGUUGUAGCCAAAUACUCUGCUGCCCCAGCCGUCGCCACUUCAUACUCCAGCAUCGCUGCUCCAGUGGCCGUAGCUAAAGUAGCCGCCCCAUCCUACUAUCACCACUUCGUAGUAUUCGCCGCUUUCGUCGCCGUUGCCCGCGCUGGCCUUAUUGGUCAAGCCGCUUACUCCGCUGCUCCAGCUGUAUCUUACUCCUCAAUCUCCGCUCCAGUGGCUCAUGCUCCUCUUUCCUAUGCUGCACCAGUGGCUCACACCUAUGCUGCUCCAGCUGUAGCCGCCUACGCCGCCCCUGUUGCCAAAGUAGCUUACGCCGCUCCAGCCAAGACGAUCAUUGCCGAACCUGAAGCCCCAGCCAACUACGACUUCGGAUACUCCGUCAACGACCCACACACCGGAGACAGCAAGACCCAACAAGAAUCUCGUCACGGAGACGCUGUACAUGGAAGCUACUCCCUCAUCGAUGCCGACGGCACCAAGCGUACCGUAGAAUACACCGCUGAUGCCCACAACGGUUUCAACGCCGUAGUACACAAGGAACCUGCCGCCGUUGCCGUCAAAGCCGUAGCUCCAGUCGUAGCUAAAGUAGCUGCCCCAGUUGCCUACGCUGCUCCAGUAGCUCACUCCUAUGCUGCUCCAGCCUACGCCGCCUACUCCGCUCCAGUAGUAGCCAAAUACUCUGCUGCCCCAGCCGUCGCCACCUCUUACUCCAGCAUUGCUGCCCCAGUAGCCGUAGCUAAAGUAGCUGCCCCAGCUCUUUCCUACGCUGCUGCCCCAGCUUUGUCUUAUGCUGCUCCAGCUCACUCUUAUUACCACCACUAAAUUACUUAACUUAUAAUGCGAAUGCCAUGUAAAUAUUUAUUGUAAAUAAAAGUUAAAUGAUAAAUUUA